AUGAAGCUCUCGAUCGCUCUCGUCGCCACCGCCAUCGCCGUCGGCUCCGUCGCGGCCACCACCAAGGACUGCAACACCGGCGCCUGCUGCUUCCAGCUCCCCGACGAGCUCGAGAUCAAGGGCGGCAACGCCACCAACAAGGGCGGCUACUACCAGCUCGACGACGGCAAGUGCACGCUGCACACCAAGAAGGGCGGCCACAAGGUCGUCACCUACAAGACGUCCAACGGCAAGUGCAAGUCGGUCUCGCACCAGCACGGCCUGCGCGUCACGUCGUCGGGCCACCACAAGCAGGAGGGCAAGACGUGCACGGGCAAGGGCCAGUUCUCGAUUGAGAACUGGGACUCGUGGUUCAAGAACUCGGCCUUCAACUCGCAGAGCUUCUCAUACUCGACCGACGUCAACUCCAAGGGCGAGCAGUUCAGCGGCGGCAGCUACUACAACGGCAACGGCAACGGCUACUCGGCCGGCCAGACGCAGAGCUACGAGAAGAACAAGGGCAACAGGCACGUCAGCGCCACGUCGUCCUCUUCGAGCUACUCGAACAGCGAGGGCGACAACCACAAGUGGGCCACCCCCGGCGGCGGCGCCGGCACCGGCGGCUACUUCAACAACCAGCAGGGCAGCAAGUCGUCGUUCAACAAGGACGUCGACGUCAGCCACUCGUACGGCUCCGGCAGCAAGUCGGGCCAGGCCUGGGCCGGCAACGACGGCUACGGCAACGGCGGCGCCGCCUACCGCUACGGCCAGAACCAGCAGGGUGGCAGCGACUACUACAAGCACCACACCGACGGCUACACGCAGCAGGACAGCAAGAACAGCGGCCAGGGCGGCAUCGAGGUCGGCCCCGGCGGCCUCUACGCCGGUGGCAAGCUGCAGGGCGACCGCAGCUCCAAGACCCACUACCGCGACAGCGAGUCCGACGGCCAGCACUCGUCCAAGAGCUGGAACAACGGCCAGGGCGUCGCCGUGUACAACGACCAGGGCCAGGUCAUCGGCUACCAGCAGUCGGACAAGGGCUCGGCCGACCACAGCAAGCACCACAGCGAGUCGACGGCCUACGACGCCAAGUCGCACGACAGCUCCUACAUCGGCGGCGAGGCCAGCCCGGACGGCAUCCACGGCUCGGCCGGCAAGCACCACUCCGACUCGCAGUACUACGCCAAGAACACCCACGACGACCAGAGCGACAACUACAAGGACCAGCAGCAGUACAAGACGCCCAACGGCUCCGGCUACAGGUGGAAGGAGGGCCACUCGUCGUCGUGGAAGGACAGCCACGUCGAGCAGUGGCAGAGCAACAGCCAGGACCAGAAGGCCAAGAUCGACGCCGGCAACUAA